ACAUUGCGAAACUUGUGGUUCUCCGUUUUAAGCCCGAUGAUAGAUUUUUAUCUUUUAACUUUUUAUCACCAUUGAUCAUUAUUUUUUACUAUUGUAUAAAACUCUUAUUUUUUCUAUGGGAUAAAAUUAUCAGUUACAUUUAUAUUGAUUACAAAGUAUACGAAUUACAUAGAAACUGAAACAAAAUUUCGACUUCUUUCUGCGAAAUUUUCUACGCAUACAUGAAGGCAAAUUUAUGAAUUUUGAGCAACGAAUUAAUUAUGACUUUUUAAUAAUAAUUUAAUGGAAAUAUUUGGUGUUCUCUAACAUAAUGCUCACUGGAAUGUUUUUUAUUUUAUUUAUAUUUUGGAGUGGUUGGAAUUGUUGUACAGCAAAUGCAAAAGCAGGUAUUCCAGGCAUUAAAAUUAAGCCCAUUAAUAGUUUAGAAGACACUACUGAGUAUCCAGAGCUUCACGCCAUUGUAGGAGCUGCAGUGUCUCUACCAUGCAACCUGAGCCCUCCCUCAAAUGACGACACAAUCUCCUUAGUUUUAUGGUAUAGGUUAGAUCUACCCAAUCCAAUAUACACGCUCGAUGCCCGAAGUACCCCAACGGCGGACACAGCAAAACAUUUUUCCAGCAAAGUUCUGGGUUCAAGAGCUUAUUUUAACGUUUCAAGGAGAAGUCUGGCUCAUUUAAGGCUCAACCCUAUCGAAGAAGAUGAUGCGGGGGAGUACAGAUGCAGAGUGGAUUUCAAAAGAGGUCGCACUCUCAGCAGAUUGGUAAAUCUGAAUGUUAUAGUGCCAGUCAAGAAGAUUUUCAUAAAAGGAAAAGAUAAUAGUACUUAUUCAGGAUUAAUUGGUCCUUUUACCGAAGGGUUUAGUUUGACCUUGAUUUGUGUAGCAAAAGGAGGUCAUCCAACGCCUGUGUUGACAUGGCGCAAAGGUUCACGAAUUAUUGCUGGUUCCUUAACUGUAGAAGGAUCAGGUAUUAUUCAAAAUGAAAUAAGCUUUAAUCGCCUUAGAAGAGAAGAUUUAUUAACUGUUCUAACAUGCCAAGCAUCAAAUAAUAACGUUACGGGUCCACUCUAUACGUCUGUCACACUCGACUUAAAUUUGAAACCUGUGAGUGUACAGAUCACCACGGUGCCCACCACACUGAAGGCUGGUGAACGAGUGGAGGUGAGUUGCCAAAGUGAAGGUUCCAGGCCACCCGCAAGAAUAUCUUGGAGGAAGGGAUUAGAAAGAGUUGAUCAUUUAGCGAUACAAAAUAUAUUUGGUAGCAUUUCAGUGAGUACCCUGAGUUUUGUACCCAGUGGAGAUGACAACAAUAAAAAGUUAACUUGCGAAGCUCAAAAUCCAAAACUUCCAGAAAGUGCCUUACAAGACAGUUGGACGCUCAAUGUACUAUAUCCACCCCACCUGUCACUUGUGUUUGGAGCCAGUGUCCAGUAUGAGCACAUUCGAGAAGGAAGUGACGUAUACUUCGAAUGCAACAUCCAAGCAAAUCCUCCAGUUACCGAAGUUAAAUGGCUAUUUCAAGGAAGACUCCUCCUUCAUGAUUCGCUUAAAGGCGUUAAUAUACGUAACCAUUCACUGCUACUUCAUAAUGUAAGUCGGAGACAUAGAGGGACCUAUCAGUGUCAAGCUAUAAAUGCACAAGGCCGUGGUCGAAGUGAAGAAGUUAUGCUCAGAAUUCAGUAUGCUCCUGCAUGCAGCGAUCGUCAACGUCGGAAUUAUGGAGUAGCGAAAAACGAGCAAAUAAAUGUGACUUGCUCAGUGGAAUCUGAUCCUCAAGACGUCUUGUUUUGGUGGAUAUUUAACAAUACGUUUUCAGAAACUAAGGAAAUAAGGAGUUUUCAAAGGAGUGCUUCAGAAUUGAAAAGUGUUGUCAAAUUUGUUCCAAAAUCGAAAUUGGACUACGGUGCUCUUUACUGUUAUGCCAAAAACACAGUUGGAAAUAUGAGAGAACCUUGUGUUUUUAACAUAGUGCCUACAGGUCCACCAGAGUCCCUACAGAACUGUACUAUAACAAACCAGUCCUUUAACUCAUUAUCUUUAUCGUGUGAAGUGGGGGAUGACGGAGGAAUGAAGCAGACCUUUCAUCUAGAAAUCUACAGUAUGAAGAGAGAGCAAUUACUUGCUAACGUCACAUCAAAUGAUUAUCCCAGCUUCAUAGUGAGAGGUCUUCCCCCGGGAACAACAUUCAUUAUUGUGGUGUAUUCAUCUAACUCAAAAGGCCGCAGCUCAUCAGUGGCUCUGACAGCGUCUACGCUAUUCUCUGCAGAGAAACAAACAGAAGACGAAAAUAAAAGCAUCAUAAGUGCAGUUCUUUUGGUGUCGUUGGCUGCUUUAGGAACCUUAGCACUUCUCGCCAUAGCUGCUGUAGUAGCCGUGUUUAGAAAUAAAACCAGGAAUGUUUCGAGAGAAGUGCAAAGUACUGGGCAGGAAAUGAUUGAGAAGAAUCCAAAGCCACCCAAACCUGCUUUUGAAGACGGUAAUCCUUAUGUAUAUCAUACCAGAGAAGUAACAACAGAAUACGUCCAUUUAACUCCAAAAUCUGCAUCCGAAUGUCUCUAUGAAAGUCUAAUGGAUGGAAAACCUUCAUCUUUCGAAACUGUUUUGUGCAAAGCUCAUGUUUUAAAUGAAGAGGGUAUAGAAGUUGUAAUACCAGUGAUAGAGCGGUGACGAUAUCGAUUAUCACUCGAAGAAAGCCGGAGAACUUCGGAGCAUCAUUUUAUCAUCAUUUGAAAUCCAAAAUAUGCAACAUUUUUCUCUACUUAAGCCGUACAGAAAACCCCAAAGAAUGGAAUGUUAUGUCAAAACAUCUGAAAAUGAAGGAUGACAGAGGUGAAUUAAAAAGGCCCAGAUUGAGAUAAGCAACAAAGCAGUAACACCACAUUUAAAUGUUUUUCGAAUUCUUUUUUGAAAAAUCUUAAUCAAGAAACAGACAAAAAUAAAAGCGAAAGUUAGUUGAAAUCAACAACUGGUCAUGUUUCAACAGUGGUUGCAUGGUUUCAUGAAAAGAACUCUUCUGCUUUGUUGAGGAUAAACAAAAAUUCGAAGGAGUGAUUUCGGCGCGAAGAAGAGAGAAAUUUGAAAUUCUGAGAGCAAGAAA